AUGGCCAGGGCCAAGCACCAGGGGAAAGGCAAGGGGGGAUCCGCCCGCGCGGCGGAGCCCUCCCCGCGGAAGCAGCGCGGCCCCAACCAUCGAAGCUCGUCCACCGCCGAGGAGGCCGAGCUCCGGACGCAGCUCCACGAGCUCGGACUGCGGGUCAAGGAGGUGGCCGCCGACGGCAACUGCUUCUUCCGGGCGAUGUGCGAUCAGCGCUGGGGGGACGAGGACGAGCACCUCCACCUGAGGCGGCUCACCAUCGAGUACAUGAAGGCGAACAGGGACGACUUCGAGCCCUUCAUCGAGGACGACGAGAAGUGGGACGCGUACGUGGAGAGGAUGGGCGAGGACGGCACGUGGGCGGGGAACAUGGAGCUCCAGGCGGCGUCGCUGGUGUGCAUGACCAACGUGUGCGUCCACCAGGCGGGGCAGCCGCGCUGGGAAAUCGUCAACUUUCCCACCGCCGACAGGUGGUUCCACGUCACGUACGAGGGCGGCGACCACUACAACUCCGUCGAGCUCAUCAGCAGGCGGUGGUACCUCGAAGGAGACGAGAGCGGCGGGGAGCGAGAGGCGAGCGGGCCCAUCUCGCUGUCAAAGGGACGCGACGGACGCGCGGCGCCGGGCUGGCACUGCACUCGGGAGCCGACGCAAUCCGUCGUCAACGAGUGCGUCGCGCGCUCGGGAGGCGAGGCGAAGAAGCAGCGCGCUCGAGAGGUGCUCCGACUCUUCGACGGCGACGUGGACGCGGCGGCGGCGGCGCUGCGGGCGGAGACGUCCUAUCGCGGGGCGCUCAAGGGCGGCGUCGGGGAUCCGAAGCCCAGCGAAUCCGACGAGACCGGUCGCCCGAUGCUCUCCGAGGACGACUGGGCACUCAGGGGCGUCACGGGUGGGGGGACGAAGUCGAGCGGCGACUUGAUCGACGAGGAGGGAUCGGACGACGACGACGAUUGGGAACCCGUGGUGACCAAGAGGCGCGGAGGCGGGGGCAGGAGAGGGGGCGGUUCGAGACGCGACGACGACCUCGACGAGCGCGUCGCGGCGCUCAGAAUCUGA